CUCCAGUCGCCGCGGCGAGUGCUCGUGUCGCAAUCGCGAAACCACAAUCUACACGAUUUUCCGCGAUUUUUCCACCGACUUGGAAAAUAAUUUGAAAUAUAUAGCAUUUACCGAACUUGGCUUAGUACUUAUCGGUCUAAUUUUAUCAAUACUUAUUUAGAUAAGCUAGAAAAUAAAAGUGUUGUUACAUUCAGAACUCAAGCAAGUGUUUUUAUGAUAAGAAACUUACUAUUCUACUUAUCGAAGUAUCAAUCGAAUAAAGUUGUGAAUAAUAUAGAAUAGAAGUAAUCAUAAAAUGGCUCUCCAAACAAAGAAGCAAAUGUAUGCAAAGUAAACUUAAGCAGAGAGCAGAAGAGAGAAGCUCUACGCAAAAUGCAAGCGAUGAGCGCGAACGCGAGCGCGCCCAGGGCGCCUCAACGCUCGCCGUUCGCUAUCCAGGAGUUGCUGGGGCUCUCAGAUAACAGAGAAUCUAGAGAGAGAUACUUUGAAAAUCGAGAUAGCGACAGAGUUUUGAAUUUGUCAGAGAGUAGAGAGCCAAGAUCACCCUACACUCCGCAGUUCCCUCUGCCAGCCUCCGUGGCGAGCCGGGUGGCCUAUGCUGCGGCUUUCAACGCGCAAGCGGCGGUGGCUGCUGCCUUCCUGCCCGGGCCGCCGCUCCUGCAUCCCCCACCUGGGUUCCCGCAAAUCAAGUCGCCGUACAGCCCUUCCUCGCAGCAGCACCUCACAGCCGUACGCCAGCUGUACUCGGGUAUGCCGUCCCUGGACGCGGCGAAAGACUUCACCGUCGACGGGCUCACCGGCUACAACGGCAAGAAGAAGAAGAAAAAACGCAGACACAGCCGAACCAUCUUCACGUCGUACCAGCUGGACGAGCUGGAGAAGGCGUUCAAGGACGCGCACUACCCCGAUGUAUACGCGCGCGAGAUGCUCUCCCUCAAGACCGACCUGCCCGAGGACAGGAUACAGGUGUGGUUCCAAAACCGGCGAGCGAAAUGGCGCAAGACGGAGAAGUGUUGGGGGCGCUCCACCAUCAUGGCGGAGUACGGGCUCUACGGCGCCAUGGUGCGCCACUCGCUGCCGCUGCCCGAGACCAUCCUCAAGAGCGCCAAGGAGAACGACAGCGUCGCGCCCUGGCUGCUCGGCAUGCACCGCAAGUCGCUGGAGGCGGCGCAGCACCUGAAGGAAUCGGGGUCUGAGCGCGAGGGUUCGGAGGCGGAGCCCGACCGCGCCGCCUCCGCCUCGCCGACCCACCACGACGUGCACGACAACCAGGCGCAAAGCUCUCCUGGCAGCAGUACGACGGCGUCCUCAUCAGCCAAAGGCCGCGCGUCGCCUGAAGGCGGUCGCGAGAUGUACGAAGACCCCGAGGCCUUCCGCAACAACAGCAUCGCGUGCUUGCGAGCCAAAGCGCAGGAGCACCAGGCCAGGAUACUGUCGAACAAUUUGCUACUACAGGUCCGAGGCCUGACCCGCACGUCGGUGAGCGGCUCCGUGGACGACGACGGGCCCGCCGACAUCGACGUGGGCACGGAGCCGCCGCCGCUGUCGCCGCCGCGCUCGCCGCGCGCGCCGCUGGGGCCCCCGCACGCGCCGCACGUGCCCCACGGGCCCCACGCGCCCCACGGGUCCCACGGGCCCCACGCGGCCCACGCGGGCCCGCACCCCGCGCACGCGCACCUGUACUGA